ACCGCUCUCUUCUCCUUCCGGAGCUCGCGUGCGGGACGGUGCUGGCGGGAGCCCGGCGGCAGCUGGAGGUGACGCCGGGAAGAUUACGCCUGUGGCAGGGCCGGGGCCGAGCGGAUCGCUGCGCGCUGCGCAGAGGAGCGGCAGGAGCGCCCUGCUUGCUGUCGCCUAGCCCAGAGCACGUCCCGCCUGCCCUACUCCCGGCUCUCCCUUGGUGCGCGGCGCAGCGACCCCGGCCUUCGCGCUCAUCCUACCCCCACCAGCGAAAUUCACGCCUAGGGAUGCCCAGAGGCUGACACCCGCGCUGAAGUGGAGAGAGGAUUUUCCCCAUCGCUUCCCGGCUGUGAGCGCCCGUCUCACCAAAGGGCUCCUGAGCAGCAGCUGCCAAAGGCACGACUCCGAGCGCCUGUUCCUGCGCCCGACUGGCCGAGGACCCCGGACAGCAGAGGCCCCGGGACGACCAAGCUGAUGGCGUCUUCGACCCCUUCUUCGUCCGCAACCUCCUCGAAUGCGGGAGCGGACCCCAAUACUACCAACCUGCGCCCCACAACGUAUGACACCUGGUGCGGCGUGGCCCAUGGAUGCACCAGAAAACUGGGGCUCAAGAUCUGCGGUCAUCCUCGAUUUUUCAACCAGCUCUCUACUGGAUUGGAUAUCAUUGGUUUAGCUGGAGAAUGGCUGACAUCAACUGCCAAUACCAAUAUGUUUACAUAUGAAAUUGCACCAGUAUUUGUCCUCAUGGAGCAAAUAACACUCAAGAAGAUGAGAGAGAUAGUUGGAUGGUCCAGUAAAGACGGUGAUGGGAUAUUUUCUCCUGGGGGAGCCAUCUCCAACAUGUACAGCAUCAUGGCCGCUCGCUACAAGUUCUUCCCAGAAGUUAAGACAAAGGGCAUGGCGGCCAUUCCCAAACUGGUCCUCUUCACCUCAGAACACAGUCACUAUUCCAUAAAGAAGGCUGGAGCCGCACUUGGCUUUGGAACUGACAAUGUGAUUUUGAUAAAGUGCAAUGAAAGAGGGAAGAUAAUUCCAGCUGAUUUAGAGGCAAAAAUUCUUGAUGCCAAGCAAAAGGGAUUUGUUCCUCUCUAUGUCAAUGCAACUGCUGGUACGACGGUGUAUGGAGCUUUUGAUCCAAUACAGGAGAUUGCAGAUAUAUGUGAGAAAUAUAACCUAUGGCUACAUGUCGAUGCUGCCUGGGGCGGCGGGCUGCUCAUGUCCAGGAAGCAUCGCCACAAACUCAGUGGCAUAGAAAGGGCCAACUCAGUCACCUGGAACCCUCACAAGAUGAUGGGCGUGCUCUUGCAGUGCUCUGCCAUUCUUGUCAAGGAAAAGGGUAUACUCCAAGGAUGCAACCAGAUGUGUGCCGGAUACCUUUUCCAGCCAGACAAGCAGUAUGAUGUCUCCUAUGACACUGGGGACAAGGCGAUCCAGUGUGGCCGCCACGUGGACAUUUUCAAGUUCUGGCUGAUGUGGAAAGCAAAGGGCACAGUGGGAUUUGAAAAUCAGAUCAACAAAUGCUUGGAACUGGCUGAAUACCUCUAUGCCAAGAUUAAAAACAGAGAAGAAUUUGAGAUGGUUUUUGAUGGGGAGCCUGAGCAUACAAAUGUCUGUUUCUGGUAUAUUCCACAAAGCCUCAGGGGCAUUCCGGAUAGCCCUGAACGACGGGAAAAACUACACAGGGUGGCCCCCAAAAUCAAAGCGCUGAUGAUGGAGUCUGGCACGACCAUGGUUGGCUACCAGCCUCAGGGGGACAAGGCCAACUUUUUCCGGAUGGUCAUCUCGAACCCAGCCGCUACGCAGUCUGAUAUUGACUUCCUCAUUGAGGAGAUAGAAAGACUGGGCCAGGAUCUGUAAUUGCCCUCCACAGAACAUGAGUUUAUGGGAAUUCCUUUUCCUUCUGGCACUCUAGAACAACCUCUAUAAAUGGCUAAACCACAUAGGCUAUUUCAUUGAGGGGAAACAUAAUAUCUCAAAGAAUACUGUUUAAACCUUACUUAAGCUUGUUAUAGUUAGUAGGAAAUAAUGUUCUUUUUAAAAAGUUGCCCAUUAGGAACACAGUAUAUAUGUACAGUUAUAUAUACGUCUCUCUCUAUAUGUAUAUGUAUGUAUCAUCGUGAGUGUGGCUUGGUGAUAGAUCACAGCAUGUCUCCCACUCCAAGAGAAUUAACUUUACCUUCAGCAGUUACUGAGGGGCCAAACAUGCUGCAAACCAGCUUGCCCAACAAUCCCAGGAAAGAUGUUUUUCAAGAUGUUGUGUCAUAGGGACCAAGGGACAUCCUGUUGGCGAGAGUUGACCUCGUUGUCAGUGUUUCUCCUACCUGAGGUGAUGACAGAUGAAACGAAGUACCACUAGGUGACAAGAGUCACACCCUCUCCAUUAGUAUCCUGUUAGGGGAAAAUCAUAGCAGAGUCAUUGUUACAGGUGUGCUGUUGUUGUAUUUUGGGGGACUAAUUUGUGUAGAUUGUGUAUAUUUCUGUUGUCUGACCUUUGGGGGGUAGGGGAAGAACACAUGUAAUGAUUUCAAUGACUGUUUAAAUUGUAGGUAAAUGACAACUGUUUAAAUUGUAGGUAAAUGAAAUAAUUGCUUAUUUAUAUUCAGAGAUUUACCAUGCUAAAGAGGCGUCUUGUAUUUUCUCCCCAUUUGUAAUGUAUCUUAUUUAUAUAUUAAUGCAGUAAGUUCGGGAAACUGUUUAUGGUAUUUUCGUGCGUUUGUGAGCCAAAGAAAAAAGAUUAAAAUUAGUGAGACUUGUAUUUAUAUUAGAGUGCCCUUAAAAUAAUGAUCAAAGCAUAAGUUUACUGUCUGUAAGAGAAUUCUGAUACUGUACAUAGAAUCAUCUGUAUGGAAAUCCCAUGACUUAAAUAGCAUCUGCUCUUCUAUUACCCUCUCUGUCUGGCUAUAUGUCUGGUGUUCUCAAUGCUUUUCUAGUAACUGUUGGAUAAUAACUAGAUCUCCUGUAAUUUUGUAGUAGUUCAUGACCAAUCUCUGUGACUCGCUUAGCUCAAACCUAAGGCAACGUUUCCGAAGACCUUCUGAAGAGCUCCCAUAAAUUGACCAGGCUCACAACUGUUUUUGAGGAAAGGAAAUUUACACUGUGCAUUUUAGAGUAUGCAAGAAGAAUAUAAAUAAAUAAAAAUAUUCUCCAUGGAGAAUUUGAACAAAA